AUGGCCAGCAUCGCAACCUCUGAGCACAUCAAGGGCAAUGCUGCGGAGCUCACAUACGAGGCCAUCAAUGUCAACCCGCAAGGCGACGUUACAGGAGUCGAAUACGGUGACCUCAGCACAACCACCAUCGACGCCAUCGGCAUGGACGAGGCCGGUCAGUCACUAACUCUACGCCAGAGAGUAAUCCCAGCAGUUCGCGACUCUGCUCACGGCUCGGGUAGCGCUACCGCCAUAGUGGUCGAGGGUGUCAAGGUCAACCCGAAAGGCAAUGUCUCAGAGAUCGAUCUUGUUGGCCUUCGGACCGUGAGCAUCACGGCCGACAGCGAUGAUGACCCUUCCAAGCAGGCCCCUGAUCUCAGCCGGCUCCCAGACGAGCGGACAACCGCGGAGGAUGACGGACAGCAGACUACCAUUACAGACGCGUACGCCAACGGACACACUACCAGCCUUGUCACUUCUGUUUCAUCUCUCGCCAAGCGCACAUCAGCUCCCACUCCUGUCAGUGACGAGCCGAAUGUUGUGGACCCAAUCAUCUUCGGUCCAGGCCCUGUCCUGCAUCCUCGCAGACACCCGCGAGAUCUUAUACUGCCAGCCAAGCAUACUCCUUUCGCACAGGACUUUUUGCCAAAUUUCGUUCCCCUAUCUACGGGCAAUAAAGAAGAGCUGGACUCAAACACCGUCUACGAUAUCCCGCACGACACGGACGGCUCACCGAUCGGUGCUCGAACUCCUCAACACGAGACAGACCCGAUGCAGGACCCUUCGGUGGCUGCGAAGGAGACCCUGGGUCCCAACACCGAGGAGGCAGCCGAUAAGCAGAUCGCCGCGCCUGAGACGCUACCGAUAACUGCGAAGCGUACCGUCACGGCCACGCAUACCACGAGGGUAACGGCGACCUCCGACCCCCUCGUCACGAUAAUAACCGUACUUAGCACCAGCACCUCCUUCACCUUCAACCCUCUCGCAACGCCCGCCGCUCUCCCAAGGUUGGUUGCAGACAAGGCAGUGCUUCCGCAUACCUACGACGAAUGCAUCUAUGACGACCGUGCUCGAAAUUGGAAGUGCAAGAAGCAUCACGGCAACCACGAUGUCUAUACCCUCCGCAACUGCUACUUCCAUCACAUUCGCCGGGUGUACACCUGCGACGGGUGGGUAGCUUGA